CAGUAUAAAAGCCUUCAGCUGAAGGAUCUCUAGAGCAGCUCUAGAGAAGCUGGGAGCCGUCUCUGCCUCUGCCUUUUCUGGGACAAAUGCCUGGACCGAACUGCACAAAGGAAGUUCAGAAGAUUACCAGCAGCUCCAGUUCUGACGUGCUGUCCUCCAGUGUUUCUGCCACCACCUUCACUGAGCUCCAGCCCCUGAUGGCACACCCUGACUUACCAUCUCAGAAUGGGAACUCCCAGGAGGACAGGCAAGAGGACCGAGUGCAACCUGCAGGAGCAGCAGCCCUGCAGAAAGCCAGGGCCCGUUUCCUCAAAGGAGUGUCCUACUUCUCUGGAGACAUGGAGGUGUUUGGAAAAUGGAUGGAAAAGCAGUUCUUCCUGCUGCGGCUGCUGGAUUGGGUCUUGCGCGGCGCGGCCCAGGUGAUGUUUGUCAACAACCCCCUGAGUGGCCUUGUCAUUUUUGCCGGCCUCAUCCUGCAGAACUACUGGUGGGCCCUAAAUGGCUUUGUGGGCACGCUCUUUGCAACCAUUUCCGCUCUCCUAUUGCAACAGAACAGGGGUGCAAUAGCUGCAGGGCUGUACGGCUACAACGGGAUACUGGUGGGUCUGCUGAUGGCCGUGUUCUCUAACGCAGGAAACUGGUACUGGUGGCUUCUUCUGCCGAACAUCUUUAUGUCCAUGAUGUGCCCCAUUGUGUCCAGCGCCCUGGCAUCUAUCAACAGUCGUUGGGAUCUUCCUGUUUUCACCCUGCCCUUUAACAUCCUGGUGUGUCUCCACAUGGUCGCCACUGGCCACUACAAUAACUACUUCCCUCAAGUCCUCAUUCAGCCACGCUCGGAGCUGCCCAACAUCACGUGGGCUGAGCUUGACGUAGCAAAGCUCUUCAUGUCAGUGCCAGUAGGAAUAGGCCAGGUCUAUGGCUGUGACAACCCUUGGACUGGAGGCAUCUUCAUCAUCUCCCUCUUUAUCUCCUCCCCCAUCACCUGUGCUCAUGCUGUCCUGGGAUCUGCAGUGGGAAUGGUUUCAGGUCUGGCCCUGGCGGCUCCGUUUGGAGACAUUUACUUUGGCCUCUGGGGGUACAACUGUGUGUUAGCCUGCAUCGCUAUUGGAGGAAUGUUUUAUGCUCUCACCUGGCAAGUGCAUCUGCUUGCUAUCACAUGUGCUUUUUUCUGUGCAUACCUUGGCUCAGCCAUCGCCAACAUCAUGUCCAGGUUUGGUCUUCCAGCCUGCACCUGGCCUUUCUGCCUGUCUGCCCUGACUUUCCUUCUCUUAACCACGGGGACCGAAAGAAUCUUUAAGCUGCCACUGGCCAAAGUGACGUACCCUGAGAAAAACCUGAGAUUCUUCUGGAAGCUGAAGAAGCAGGAAAAGAUGGAAAAGGCUGAAAAAGAGAGGAAAGAGAGAGAGGAGCAGCAGAGAGCUGUUGAGGAAGAAGUGAUAAUGAACGAGAAAGAGCAACUUAAGAUAGAGCUAGAAAGAAUGGAGCAAGGGAAAACAGAAAAUGAGGCUCAAGAGGUUAAAAAUGACUCGACGGAAGUUGAAGUACCUUAGACAGCCGAGGGACCUGGAGAUGAAAGAAACACGGAAAAUGAUUUGAUCGAGGUCACGCUCACUGAUUAUCUUUAAAGCUAGAUUUAUGUAUGAGUAAUGUAUGAGUAAAUAUGCGGUAAAUUUCAUUCAGAGAUAAUGUAUGUUUCAAUAUUCUGGUGGUUCUUUGCAAAGUUUAUACAAAUAUGUGUGGUUUUAUAUAUUUAAAAGACCUUUUUUUUAACUAAAAACCUGGUGUGUGUGUGUGUGUGUGUUUCAUUCAGUGCUUAAUAAAAACAGAAAAAAACGCCCUAAAGUCACAUCAAAUAUACUCAGGUUUUGCAUCGGUCAAUCCCCAACUGGCUAAAUACAUUGGUCAAGUAACGAAGCUGUUAAAAAGAAGGACUUCUUAGUUAUUUUUCUCCUUUUUUAAUAUAAUGUAAAGAAGUUCACCCACCUUCAUUUCAAGCUGUUAAGACUACAAUGAUCUAGAUGACUGAAAAUCUAUGCAGACAUAAAAAA